AUGACAAUCGACGCCAACGGCCAAGCGGCGGAGGACACCUUUGUCCAAACCCUAGCCAAGUACGAGCUGGAACGGCAAAAAAGACAACGCCCUGAUGGCCUAGCCCAGUACAUCGACCCUGGCAAGUCGGACAAGUUCAAGCACUACGGGAUCGACCCGUGGAUUGAGCUAGAUAACAAGAAAAGGACACAGCCACUACCUCCUGUUGCAGACGGGGGCCAUGCCAAAGUUGUGAUCCUUGGAGCGGGAUACGGAGCCCUCACUUUUGCGGUCCGUCUCAUCCAGACCGGGGUCUUCAAUGGAGAAGACUUUGUCUUUGUCGAUGCCGCAGGUGGUUUCGGCGGCGUGUGGUACUGGAACCGGUAUCUUGGGCUCAUGUGCGACGUCGAGAGCGCCAGUUAUCUACCUCUACUUGAGGAGACUGGAUACGUUCCCAAGCAUCGCUACGCCUACGGGCCCGAGCUAAAGGAGUAUGCGGAGCUUGUCGCCUCGAAGUGGAAUCUUCAAGGUCAGGGUCUAUGGCAAUCCACCGUUCAAGAUUCCACCUGGGAUGAGACCUCUUCCAAUUGGGUCCAUACCAUCUCGAGGACCUCUGGCGGCCAGACUGAAACCCUCACAAUCCACAGUGACUUCUACAUUAUGGUCUCUGGAAUUCUGACACGCCCCAAACUUCCUGGCUUCCCAGGCCUGAUCGACUUUGGCGGCCAUGUCUUUCAUACCGCCCGCUGGGACUAUAACUACACGGGUGGCUCGCCGGAGGACCAGACUCUUUCCAACAUUAAGGAUAAGAAAGUCGCAUUCCUCGGCACAGCGUCCGUGGCUGAACGAGGCCAACGACCCAUCGAUUCUGAGGAGUGGGCCAAGGACACGGCCGAGAAGGGCUGGCAACGAAGGCGUCGUGAGAAUAUGUCCGCUCGACUCUCUAACGACCCAGAUGUCAAAGAGGAUCUCGUCAGCGAUAGCUGGACCUGCUUCCUUUCCUUCUCGGGCAUUGUUGGUGGCCCGGGUGCAGACGGCCUCACAGCCAAGACGGUGGAAGGCUACGUGGGCUCCCUUCUUGCACUCGAUUUUCCCCGCUCUGAGGCUAUUCGCGGUCGGGUGUCUUCUCUGGUGAAGGAUCCCACCGUUGCGGAGGCGUUGAAGCCUUGGUACCCUGGCUGGUGUAAGCGGCCCUGCUUCCACGACGAGUAUCUCCAGGCUUUUAAUAACCCAAACGUCGAACUUAUCGAUACGGACGGCAAAGGUGUGGAGAGGUGUACUCCAACUGGCCUUAUCGCUGGAGGCAAGGAGUUUGACGUGGAUGUUCUCAUUCUCGGAACGGGGUUUGAGCCUUGGACUGCUGGUAGCCCAGCAUACCGCGCCAAUAUCACUGUUAAGGGCCGCGGUGGGCUCGACCUGGACCAGAAAUGGAGCGAGGGCAUCGGAACCCUCCACGGCGUCUUCACUAGAAGCUUCCCUAACCUAAUCCUGCCCAGCUCGACGCAGUCUGGUGGUACAGUUAAUAUCGUCCAUAUCAUAGACAUUGCGGCGCAGCACGCGGCAUAUGUUAUAUCUGAGGCAUUUAGGCAGCAAGCUGCCCAGGGCAAGAAGAAGGUCCUCAUCGAGCCGACGGCUAAGGGCGAGGCAGAGUGGGUUCUCAAGAUUGUGCAGGGCGCGUAUGCGUUGGCAGGGCUGUCGAUCUGUACCCCGAGCUACACUACCAGAGAAGGAGAAUUGACAAAUGUGACGAGUCCGGAGGAUCAAAUCAAGAUGGCGAAGGGUUCAAUUUGGGCCAAAGGGGUCAAUGACUAUAUUCGUUAUUUGGACAACUGGAGGGCGAGUGGAGGGCUCAGGGGGAUCGAGAUCAAGGGUGUUUAG